ACAGCCGCUCGCAGCGCAACCGCGGCCCGGCUCGCCGCCCCGCCCGGCCCGGCCUGGCGCCCGCAGCUCAGAUUAAAGAAGCUAAUUGAUCAAGAAACUGAGUCCCAGGAGAGGAAGGUGCAAGAAAAAGAGAAGAGGAUCAAGGCUCUGAAAGAAGAGCUGACCAAGCUGAAGUCUUUUGCUUUGAUGGUGGUGGAUGAACAACAAAGACUUACAGCUCAGCUUGCCCUUCAAAGACAGACAAUCCAAGACCUGACCACAAGGGCAAAGGAAACACAUGGUAAACUAGCCCUUGCUGAAGCCAGAGCUCAGGAAGAAGAGCAAAAAGCAACCAGACUAGAAAAAGAACUGCAAAUACAGACCACAGCAUUUCACCAGAAUCAAGACAAAAUUAUGGCGAAGCUCACCAAUGAGGACAGUCAAAAUCACCAACUCCGACAAAAGCUGGCAGCGCUCAGCCGACAAAUUGAUGAGUUAGAAGAGACCAACAGGUCUUUAAGAAAAGCCGAAGAGGAGCUGCAAGAUAUAAAAGAAAAGAUCAACAAGGGAGAAUAUGGAAACACUGGCAUCAUGGCUGAAGUGGAUGAGCUCAGGAAGCGUGUGCUGGAUAUGGAGGGGAAAGAUGAGGAGCUCAUAAAAAUGGAGGAGCAGUGCAGAGAUCUCAAUAAGAGGCUUGAGAAAGAGACAGCACAGAGUAAAGACUUCAAACUAGAGGUUGAAAAACUUAGUAAAAGGAUUACGGCUCUGGAAAAAUUAGAAGAUGCUUUAGACAAAAGCAAACAAGAAUGCUACUCUCUGAAAUGCAAUUUAGAAAAAGAAAAGAUGACCACAAAGCAGCUGGCUGAAGAACUGGAGAGUUUAAACGCCAGGAUCAAAGAGCUAGAAGCCAUUGAAAGUCGGCUAGAAAAGACAGAAUGCACCCUAAAGGAUGAUUUAACUAAACUGAAAACAUUAACUGUAAUGCUUGUAGAUGAACGCAAAACAAUGAGCGAAAAAUUAAAGCAAACUGAAGAUAAGUUACAAACCACUGCCUCUCAGCUCCAGGCAGAGCAAAGUAAAGUGACUACAGUGACUGAGAAGUUAAUUGAGGAAACUAAAAGGGCACUCAAGUCCAAAACUGAUGCAGAAGAGAAGAUGUACAGUGUGACCAAGGAGAGAGAUGAUCUCAGAAAUAAACUCAAAGCAGAAGAAGAAAAAGGACAUGAUCUAUUGUCCAAAGUGAAUAUAUUAAAAAACAGGCUUCAAUCACUGGAAGCAAUUGAGAAAGAUUUUGUAAAAAACAAAUUAAAUCAAGACUCCAGUAAAUACACAACAGCAUUACACCAAGAAAACAAUAAGAUUAAAGAGCUCUCUCAAGAAGUGGAAAGGCUGAAGCUGAAGCUAAAGGAUAUGAAAGCCAUUGAAGAUGACCUCAUGAAAACAGAAGAUGAGUACGAGACCUUAGAACGGAAGUAUGCUAAUGAGAGGGACAAGGCUCAAUUUCUGUCUGAAGAGCUGGAACAUGUUAAAAUGGAACUUGCCAAGUACAAGUUAGCAGAAAAGACAGAAUCCAGCCAUGAGCAAUGGCUUUUCAAGAGGCUCCAAGAAGAGGAGGCAAAGUCAGGCCAUCUGUCAAGAGAAGUGGAUGCAUUAAAAGAGAAAAUUCAUGAGUACAUAGCAACAGAGGACCUAAUAUGUCACCUCCAGGGAGACUACUCAGUUCUGCAAAAGAAACUAAAUCAACAAGAAAACAGGAACAGAGAUUUAGGAAGAGAGAUUGAAACCCUUACUAAAGAGUUAGAAAGGUAUCGGCAUUUUAAUAAGAGUCUCCGACCUAAUCUCAAUGGAAGAAGAAUCUCUGACCCUCAAGUAUUUUCUAAAGAAGUUCAAACAGAAGUAGUAGACAAUGAGCCACCAGACUACAAGAGCCUCAUCCCUCUAGAACGAGCAGUCAUCAAUGGUCAGUUAUAUGAGGAGAGUGAGGACCAAGAAGAGGACCCUAAUGAGGAAUCUGUGCUGUCCUUCAAAUGCAAUCCAUCUACUCCCCUUCCUAUGAACAGGAAACUAUGGAUUCCUUGGAUGAAAUCCAAGGAGGGCCACCCUCAGAAUGGAAAAAUACAAACUAAGUCCAAUGGUAACUUUGUGCAACCUGGAGAUCUAGUCCUAAGUCACACACCUGGACAGCCUCUUCACAUAAAGGUAACUCCAGACCAUGCCCAAAAUACAGCCACUCUUGAAAUCACAAGCCCAACCACAGAGAGUCCUCACUCGUACACCAGCACAGCAGUGAUACCAAACUGUGGAACCCCAAAGCAAAGGAUUACCAUUCUCCAAAAUGCCUCCAUAACACCAGUGAAGUCCAAGACCUCUACAGAAAGUCUUGUGAACUUGGAGCAAAGUAUGCCCCCAGUUACCAUGGCAACCUUUGCUAGAGCACAGACCCCAGAGUCCUGUGGUUCUGUAACUCCGGAACGGACAAUGUCACCUAUUCAGGUUUUGGCUAUGGCUGGUUCAGCUAGUUCUCCUGAGCAGGGUCGCUCCCCAGAGCCAAUAGAAAUCAGUGCCAAGCACGCAAUUUUCAGAGUCUCCCCAGACCGGCAGUCAUCAUGGCAGUUUCAACGUUCAAACAGUAACAGUUCAAGUGUGAUAACUACUGAGGAUAAUAAAAUCCACAUUCACUUAGGAAGUCCUUACAUGCAAGCUGUCGCCGGCCCCGUGAGACCUGCCAGCCCCUCAGCACCCCUGCAGGAUAACAGAACUCAAGGCUUAACUAAUGGGGCACUAAACAAAACAACCAAUAAAGUCACCAGCAGUAUUACUAUUACACCAACAGCCACACCUCUUCCUCGACAAUCACAAAUUACAGUAAGUAAUAUAUAUAACUGACCACCCUCACCCUCAUCUAGUUCAUACUGAUACUCUUGCAAGGAACUCAGUCCUUUUUUAAUCAUCCCUCCAAAUUCCCUAAAAGAAUGACUAAACAUGUACUUUGGGAAGAUUUGUGCAUGGACUAUACAAGAGUAGCUGGAACUAACUACGUGUUGCCUGCAUAGUCAUCGAGUGUGCACUUACUGUAUAUCUCUUCAUUUACAUACCUGUAUGGAAAAUAUUUAGUCUGCACUUGUAUAAAUACAUCUUUAUGUAUUUCAUUUUCCAUAACUCACUUUAAUUUGACUGCAACUUGUCUUGGUGAACUACUUAACAUGAUAAAACAGUAAAUAGUUUGUUACUUUUGUCAUUGCUUGCUGAA